AUGGCGCUUUCUUUCGUGGUUGCGGAGUUCUUGAUGGCAGAACAAUACCGACUAUCCUCGGAAAUAGUAAUGAAGAAUGAAGUGUCUAAAGUUCCUCGGGAUUUCUGGGAUGCAAUUGGGGUGUCAGAUGUCGGCUGCAUGGACUUAAAACAAUAUGAGUAUCGUGAAAUCUUCAAUCUAGCUCUGAUUUUGGGUUAUACAAAGAAGGUGUUGAGUUCAAUGAGACAAGGAAGAAAGGUUUGCGUUCAAGUGAUGAGGGCCUUGUGGGGAAGUCUGGAUGUUAAAGUGAUGAACGGGGAUGAAAAAAGUCAGGCUAAGACCUUGGAUAGACAAGACAAGAUUGAUAGACCGGGCGAUGCAGAAACUCAGAGAGGAGGAAAGAUACAGGAGGAGUAG